AUGAACAGGCGAUUCAAAGCCCCCAAUCUUGCAAAGGAAACUGGUACUAAAGAAUCAUGGGAUAAAUAUAAAAAACUUAGGAAUGAAGUUACUUAUCUCCUGAGGACUGCUGAAGCAAGUUACUGGCAAGAAAAGUUCGCCAACAUCAAAUCAAGCAAGGACUGGAGGCUGGUUGGAAAAUUAACCAAUAAAAAGGUGAUUGACCCAAUCAGGGAUGAUGAAAACAAUAUUAUCCUUGAUGAUGUGGUCAAAGCUGAGGCUACGAAUGAUUACAGCAAUAGGACCAACCCUUGCCUCCAAAAUUAA